AUGGUUUCCAAUUACUACAGUAUUCAGUACGCACCGAAAUUACUUGCUCUACGGCAACUACUCACAGAUUGCGGUAUUGGAGGCAGUCCUUCGGUUACUGGUGAAAGUGGGAAGAUCGAUCCUGCGGAGAGCUUGUCCGAGUCGAGCAGUGCAUUCUCCCAACAUCGUGCUCUAAUCUUCUGUCAGAUGAAGCAAAUGUUGGACAUCAUCGAAAAUGAUCUCUUCAAGCAAUACAUGCCUUCCGUCACAUACAUGCGACUCGAUGGCGGAACCGACCCCAACAAGCGUCAUGCUAUUGUUCAAACAUUCAAUUCGGAUCCCAGUAUUGACUGCCUCUUAUUGACAACGCACGUUGGUGGGCUUGGUCUUACCCUUACUGGGGCGGAUACUGUGAUAUUUGUGGAGCAUGAUUGGAAUCCUAUGAAGGAUCUUCAGGCCAUGGACAGAGCUCACCGGAUUGGACAAAAGAAGGUCGUUAAUGUAUAUCGCUUGAUUACGAAGGGCACGCUGGAAGAGAAGAUCAUGGGGUUAGUUCUGUAUUUAUUCUUUUUUUGUAUCUUCGAAGACAUUCCCGCAGAAGAUAAAUAUGAGGGACUUGAUCUGUCGAAUUUCAUGGACUCCUUGGGCAUGCAGUGA